UCACACUCCUACUCUACUCCAAUAUAAAAAUCCAAACACUCACUUCUCUGUGCAUCUCAUCUCAUCUCUGCAUCAAUGGCUUCCACAAAACACAUCAUCUCUGAAAUUCCUACCUGUAUCACUCUCUACAGCGACGGCACCGUCGAUCGUCCACGACAAGCACCACUAGUCCCUCCCAAUCUCGACGACCCAAAUAUCCCUGUCUCAUCCAAAGACAUCACCAUCUCUCAAAACCCCAAUAUCUCUGCUCGUCUCUACCUCCCCAAAAACCCCACAAAAAAACUACCCAUCUUAGUCUUCUUCCAUGGCGGUGGAUUCUUCUCCGAAUCAGCUUUUUCAAAACUCUACCAUGAACACUUCAACGUCUUUGUUUCACAAGCAAAUUCCAUAGUUGUUUCUGUUGAAUACAGACUCGCUCCAGAACACCCUCUACCUGCUUGUUAUAAUGACUGUUGGAAUGCACUUCAAUGGGUUGCUUCUAAUUCUGCUGAAAACCCCAUCAACCCAGAACCGUGGUUAAUUAACCACGGUGAUUUCAACAGAGUUUUCAUUGGUGGUGAUAGUGCUGGUGGUAACAUAGUUCAUAACAUUGCUAUGAGAGCUGGUUCGGAAUCUUUACCAAAUGAUGUUAAACUGUUCGGUGCUAUUUUACAACACCCUUAUUUCUAUAGUUCAUACCCUGUUGGAUUAGAAAGUGUUAAACUUACGAGUUCUGAACGUGAUUUGUUUACUUCGGUUUGGAGUUUUGUGUAUCCAUCAGCACCUGGUGGAAUUGAUAAUCCUAUGAUUAAUCCUUUGGGUGAAGGGGCGCCGAGUUUGGAAGGAAUUGGUUGUGAUAGAAUGAUUGUUUGUGUUGCUGGGAAAGAUGGAAUUAGGGAGAGAGGGGUUUGGUAUUAUGAGAAUGUGAAGAAAAGUGGUUGGAAAGGGAAAUUGGAAUUGUUUGAAGAAAAAGAUGAAGAUCAUGUUUAUCAUAUUUUUCAUCCUGAAUCUGAGAAUGGUCAGAAAUUGAUCAAACGUUUGGCUUCCUAUCUUCAUGAGUAAGGAAAUGUCUUUGUUUGAUCUGUUGUAAUGUUUUAGAUUGCAAGGAGCAAGUAUGAGAUGUGUUCACUUUGUUUUACUAAUACUAAUAAUAAUGCUCACUUGUGUAUUGUGUAAGAUUGUCACUGAUUUUAUUAUAAUUAUAAAGUACAUAGUAUUGUGUCAAUAGAUAGAUAUGCGCAGGAAUAUUAUUAUAUGUCAGAGGUUCAACCUCUUCAUCCUUGUGUUAAUUAGUCAGAUUUCUCAACUUCGUUGUUAAGAUUGAGUUGUUUCUUUCCAUUGUACUCUCCGUCGUGGCAAUGAAUGUCUUGAUGAUUGGCUAGCUAAGCAUGGUGCCUCCUAUAUACUGGUCUGUUCCUCUCAACUGCAUCCUAUUUUCCUUGUCAAUGCCAAUGGAGUUUCGCUUAAGAUUGUAGUCUUUGUUUUUUUGUUUUUCUUUCUCCUCUAUUAAACAAAUAGAUAGAUGUGCACAUCUCAUUUUUGGUGCAGCAACUAAGUGAGUUGGACACCUUAGUUCAGGUGUCUGUAGUCAUAUGUUUUUGUAGUUUUUGAGGAGUGUAUUUCUAUUACACUUCCUUCUUUUUUAUUAUGUUUUUGUUUCUCUUUAUUUGUACUGCUAUAAGGCCUUUGAGACUAUUUUCAAUAAAGUUGUUUAUGUUGAGAUCUUCAA